CAGCUCCUCAUCGCAACAGAUCAAGUGAUAUAUCAGUAGGGCAGAAUGAAGAGUAACCCUUGUGAACCGAUUAACUUUACCUUUAUGAACAGAUUCCUGCCUGCUGUUUACAUCUCAGUGUUUAUCAUUGGCCUGAUAGCUAAUGCCUGGGGACUGAAGUCAUUGCACCAGAACUGGAACAAACUUAAGAUCAUCAAUGUUUUUGUUCUCAACCUCGGACUUGCAGAUAUUUUAUAUUUGGUUACACUACCUUUUCUGGUUGUGUAUUGUUUUUUGCAAAGGAAAUGGAUUUUUGGAGCUGUGUUCUGCAAGAUUACAAGAUUCUUCUUCAACCUGAAUUUAUAUGGCAGCAUUGGAUUCCUCACCUGUAUAAGUGUGUACAGGUACCUGGCCAUUGUUCACCCAAUCAGAGUGAUGGGAAGGAUAUCUGUCACCCACUCUGUGGUCACCACAGUGAUUGUUUGGGUCUUGGUGAGCAUUCAGAGUCUACCAGACAUGUUCUUCGCCAAAUCAUCUGAAAACAAAACUGACAAAUGUUUUGAUACCACCUCUAAGUUCUACGUUGAAGAUUAUCUGACGUACAGCCUUGGAUGGACUGUCACCGGGUUCUGCAUCCCAUUCCUCAUCACUCUGGGCUGCUAUGGACACUUGGCUGUAGUUCUGUGCACCAUCCAGAGAAUUGACAAGGUACAAAAACAAAGAAGUUUGAAGUUGUUGCUCAUUUUGAUCAUACUUCUCUCUGUUUGUUACAUCCCCUAUCACACUUUCAAGAACCUCAAUCUCAAAUCAAGAGUUUUAUUGAAGCAGGGCCAGUGCCGUGAAUGGUCUAAUGAAGUCUACAUUGCUUAUCAGAUAAGUCGUGGCCUUGCAUGUCUGAACAGUGCCCUCAACCCCUUGGUUUACCUCCAUGGAAAUGAAAAUACUCUCCUUCAGCUCCGACAGCUGCUCCAGAGAGCUCGACGGUUUUGUCAUGCGGACGUUGAUCAGCCACAGUCAAGUUCCACUGAAGUAAACUUACCACAGCUUGCGAAUGAGACUGAGCAUGGUUUGCAUUCACUUUCUUAACUCCCCCAUCUUCUAUUCCCUAUGACUUAGUAAUGUACAGUA